CACAGAGGAACUUCCUCUUUUGAAUCGCUCAUGGGAAAAAGGUGGUGUGCAGGGAGGCUUUUGUCAUCUUCCACAGCUGGAAGCAGCAGCUGGAAGGUGAAUUGAAGGCAGGUGGGAGAAGAGUCCAGGAGCAAGUCGGGUGGUUUGGUUUCCUCCAUGAUGUGGCAGCGGAGAAGCAACUGGGCCGAAGCUUGUCAGGUGCUGCUGCUGCUGCAGUUCCUUCCCUCCCCAACAGAUGGCUGAAAUGUUCUGCUGACAAAGAGGAUGGCAAUAAGAGCACUCGUGACAACUGUAAAUAACAAGCAAUGUUGAAAAGAGAAGAAAAUCGAGCCAGAAAUCAAAAUAUUUAACAUUUCCUUCAGAAAACCAAAAAAUUCUCCAGCAGCUGUUAGACAAAAGAGGGAAAAUCAAAGAAUAAGCAGGUUAUGCAGAACUGAAGGAUACAUUAUAUGAAAAGUCAAGGGAGAUUAUUUUUCAUUCAGCAAAAGAGGGAAAUAUCUGGAACUCAGUGGGGAGGAAACUGUCAAUAGUAAAACCACAUAGAGCAGACAGGAAUGCAGGCUUUUCCCUGUGAGGAAGAAAAUGGCUUGAAUCAAAGUACCACUAAACAAAGCAUUGUCCAUAUUUUUGAUCUCCUCAAGAAUAUUAGCUGUGGAAAAGUUCCAUAGAUUUGCCUAUUGUGGGAAAAGCACAGAUUGCAAAUAACAGCUGAUUAUGCAACAAGGAGCUAGACAGGAGAAAAGCCAUACACAUUAUUUCAAUGAAGCAAAACCUGGUCAGAACAUCUCCCUUGUGGUUGUGUCUAGAUUGUGGGAAAAGCUUCAUUAGAAAUUUCCAUCUCAGACAGCAUAGAAUUCACACAAAAAACACCAUUUGAAUGUCCUUUCUGUGGGAAAAGUUUCAGUCAGAAUUCUAGCCUCAUGAUACACCAGAGGAGUAUCACAUAGGAGAAAAAUUCUUUGAAUGUCCCGACUGUGGUAAAACUUUCAGUUGUAAUUCCAAUUUGAUGAUACACCAGAGGAAUCUCAAAGGAGAAAAACCCUUUCAAUGUCCUGAUUGUGGGAGAAGUUCCAGUCAUAAUUCCAGCCUGGUAAUACAUCAGAGGAUUCACUCCAUGGAGAAACACUAUGAAUGUCGAGAAUGUGGGAAAGGUUUCAUUAGCAAUUCCCACCUCAUGAGACACCAGAGGACUCACACAGGAGAGAAACCCUUUGAAUGUCCUAUCUGUGGGAAAUGUUUUAGUGAUAAUUCCAGCCUGGUGAAACACCAGAGGACUCACACGGGAGAGAAACCCUUUGAAUGUCCUAUCUGUGGGAAAUGUUUUAGUGAUAAUUCCAGCCUGGUGAAACACCAGAGGACUCACACAGGAGAGAAACCCUUUGAAUGUCCUGGCUGUGGAAAAUGUUUUAGUCAGAAUUGCCACCUCAUCAACCACCAGAGGACUCACACAGGAGAGAAACCCUUUGAAUGCCCUAUCUGUGGGAAAAGUUUUAGUGAUAAAUCCAGCCUAGUGACACAUCAGAGGACUCACACAGGAGAGAAACCCUUUGAAUGUCCUAUCUGUGGGAAAGCUUUUUGUGAUAAUUCCAGCCUUGUAAUACAUCAGAGGACUCACACAGGAGAGAAACCCUUUGAAUGUCCUAGCUGUGGAAAAUGUUUUAGUCAGAAUUGCCACCUCAUAAAACACCAGAGGACUCACACAGGAGAGAAACCCUUUGAAUGUCCAUAUUGUGGGAAAGGUUUCAUUGAAAAUUCUAGCCUGGUGAAACACCAGAGGACUCACACAGGAGAGAAACCCUUUCAAUGUCCUAUCUGUGGGAAACGUUUUAGUCAGAAUUCCUACCUCGUAAGACACCAGAGGACUCACACAGGAGAGAAACCCUUUGAAUGUCCUAUCUGUGGGAAAUGCUUUAGUGAUAAUUCCAGCCUGGUUACACAUCACAGGACUCACACAGGAGAGAAACCCUUUCAAUGUUCUAUCUGUAGGAAAAAUUUUAUUGAUAACUCCACGCUAGCAAGACACCAGAGGACUCACACAGAAGAGAAACCCUUUGAAUGUCCAGAUUGUGGGGAAAGUUUCAUUAGAAAUUUUCACCUCAUGAGACACCAGAGUACUCACACAGGAGAGAAACGCUUUAAAUGUCCUGACUGUGGGAAAAACUUCAGUCAGAAUUCCCAUCUCAUGAGACACCAGAGGACUCACACAGGAGAGAAACGCUUUAAAUGUCCUGACUGUGGGAAAAACUUCAGUCAGAAUUCCCAUCUCAUGAGACACCAGAGGACUCACACAGGAGACAAACCCUUUGAAUGUCCUGACUGUGGAAAAAGUUUCAGUCAGAAUUCCCACCUCAUCAACCACCAGAGGACUCACACAGGAGAGAAACCUUUUGAAUGUCCUGACUGUGGGAAAAGUUUUAGUCGGAAUUCCUACCUAGUGAUACACCAGAGGACUCACACCAUAGAGAAAUCUUUCUAAUGUCCAGUCUGUGAACAUUACUUCAAGCAUAAACCAUCCCUUAUUGCACACAAGAAAAUUCACAUGAGGCAAAAGUUGAAGAGUUUAGAGAAGGCUUGAAUUUCAUUUGUGAUCUCCCAUUCACAAAAUAUAGGUGAGAAACUGACUGUUUGAAUUCUGGCCUGAUUCUUUUUACUCAAACUUUUCUCAGGAUUAAACUUUUAGGUGGAGAGAAAAAGAAAGUGGAAGUACUAAGUACCAUUUUCUGGUUAUUGGCAGAAUCUUCUGGAUACAUCCUUUUGCAGAAGUAGUGGAAUUCCUCAAAAAGAAAUUUUGGAUAGUGCUUUUUUAUGUUGAUUAUGGACCCACAUGUGGAGUUUCAGUCUUCUAGCUUGGUUUCAGCCAGAUUUUAACCCCAAAAGUUCCCAGCCAGCAUAAAAAUAGUCCUCUAGAUAGAACUGUUAUGUGCCUUGUAAUUAUGGUUGCAUGUUGCCAUGACUGUUAAGUGAGACUGCUUUCCUUAACUACCUAAAUCCCCCUGCUUCCCUGAAACAGCCAUUAAUUGGAUGUGCAAGUUGCUAAGUAGAAUAAUGGCUACCUCAGCACUGGGGAAAACUCUUGGAAGCCUAGCGCAGGGCCAGGCUUGCCUGAUGUAGGUAUUCCUAGGCCUCCCCCAACCUACAAGACACCCUGUGCUCUGCUUUCUAACCCUUGUUUCCACUCAACCCUUCACUCCACCCCAGGGUCCCUGUUGUGACCCAGGCCCCAGUUAGGUAGUAGGAAACUCAGUCAGUAUAAAAACAAACAAACUUUAUUCGAACAGCUGAGAAUUAUUUCAUUUUCAUCGUAGUUCAACUAAAUUAAAGCAAAUUCCUUCCGACACAAAUUCAUCAGUCCUAUCACCAACCUUGGUCCAAUUAGGCAAACUGCCAAAGGCCUUUCUUGGCACAAGUUCAGAAGACACAGAUACAAAAUAAAUGCAAGAAGAUGAAGCUAUCAACAUUGUUUCCAGCAAAGCCCAAAUGCUGUUGCUGGUCUUUUAAGCUUUAUGGGAGGGGCCAAUCAUCUCUUGGCCCUAAUCCCAAGUCGUCCUCUUUGCUUGAGCUGCUCUUGCCUUCUGGCAGCUCUUCUCAUGCAAGCAUUAGGAACAGGCUCCUCCUGUUCCUCUGCCUCACUACUGUCCGUCUCUGGAGGCUCUGGAGUCUGCACCUCACUCUAGGAUGACCCUGGCCCCACCUCAGCCUUCGACACAGAGCCCUCAUCCAGACCUUCCCCAGCCUCCAGGACUGGCCCACACUGGCCCACACUCUUUCUCAGCCUCAUCACUGUCCAACUCCGUUGCCAGCUCCGCAGGCUGUUGGCAGAACACAACAGUCCCCUUACACCUGACUCUCAUCCCACCAGUUCUCCCAUACUCCUUUCUGAUCUCAUGUUGGGGAGGGAGGGAAGGCCACACAUCCUUGGGCCUCAUGACUGUGUCCUGGAAGCCACCACCAUUUUCAGUGAGCCCUGAAUUUUUCCCUGGGCCAUGCGGUGGAUUUAUGGAAGUGGUUGCCAUUUUGCCACACUGUCUACGCUGUUAUGCAGAAGAGGGACAAAUCUCUCUAUUUUGCUACGUUAACAUGAGAAAAAAAUGUACAAUAGAAAACAUCUCAUUUUAAAAAAUGUAUUAUGUUAGAAUGAUCAGAAGCGUUUGACAUGUAAAAAAUGGGUAUUGUCACUGUUGCUAUGAACAUUAGGGCAAGGCAGGAUGCUCAGAUUUGCCUCAUACUGUGAGAUGAGCAGUAAUAAAAUUUAAUAAUAAAUGAAUUUAACAAUAAAAAGACAAUGCAAAGCUCA